AUGUUUUCAGGUCCUUGGUGUGAGCCCUAUCGAGGGAUUUGAAAAGGUCAAGCAAGUAUACACAAGAAAACGCAAAGAAGCUGACAAGAGAGGUGAUGAGGCUACUGCUGAACUUCUUGAAAAAGCAUAUGACAAACUCAUGAUGGCACAAUUAAUGAAUCAGAAGAAGGGUGUAACAUAUGGUUCGUUUAAGGUUUCGAAGGAUGCGAAAUAUGCGGAUAAGCAGCCGAUUGUACCAUGGGGGCCAAGGUUCUCGAAGGCUAGCGAUUAAGAUAUGCGCAUCAACUUGGCAAUUUCCGCUGCAUUUACAGCUUGGAUUUUAAUCAAGCGCAAUGCUGAAUAUAAACCGUUGCAGUUUUUGGCUUUUGCAUUCGUUUAUCGAUUUUUUUUUGAACCACCUGUAUCACCGACAUUUACGGAAGAAGGUGAAGAUGAUGGGCGGGGCAUCCGAAUGGGAAAAAGACUUCUCCGUUCUCUCGUGCUAGUUUUCAGUUGUAUUGCUUUGGCCUCUCUGGCAUACACAGGUGUUUUGAAUUUGAUCGAGUACAUCGGCGGUUAUAUACCCCUUUUUCUCUACAAUAACCAGGAGCUCAUAGUGACCGCCGCAUCAGCAGUUUCGCUAUACAUUAUGGCGUCGUACUAUAGGUGACGAGCCCUUACAACAUAUCUCUCAUCGUCUCUUCGUGCCAGUCGCAU